GGGAGUAAUGUUUACGGGAAAAGUCUGAAUUUUUUGUCCUGUUCUUUGUUGGGGGGCAGAGAACAGAACUGUAAUGUCUUUCUCUUCAUAAAUCAACAAAACCCAAAUCCCUCAACGAAACCCUUCCGAUCUCUCUCUGCGAAAUCACAUCUUCCGUCGUCGGUGCUCGUCAUAACUUUCCGAAAUACAAUAGUGCAAAUUCAUAACAGUAAAUGCAAGUCCGGAGGUGCAGAUUGUUAAGAUUUGCUUGAUUGGGUUCCAUUACAGAGGGUACGGGUAACAAGCGGCUACUCAACUCCUUUUGUAAAAAGAAAAAUUGCGGUUAAAUUUUGUAAAAAAAGAAAAAAGUUUUUGAAUGAGAAAGAGGGGAAGAAAAGCGGAGAAAAUGGGACGAGCACCAUGUUGUAACAAAGGUGAAGUGAAGAAAGGUGCUUGGACUCCUGAAGAAGAUAAGAUACUUGUUGAUUACAUCACGAAAAACGGUCAUGGCACCUGGCGUUCUUUUCCUAAACUCGCAGGACUACGAAGAUGCGGAAAGAGUUGCAGGCUUCGUUGGACGAACUAUCUUCGUCCGGAUAUUAAACGUGGAGCUUUCAGUUUUGAAGAAGAACAAACAAUCUUCAAUCUGCACAGCUUGCACGGCAACAAGUGGGCAGCCAUUGCUUCGCGGUUACCAGGAAGGACCGACAACGAGAUAAAGAAUUUCUGGAACUCUCAUCUAAGAAAGCGGAUCCCCAAGUCAGCAGAUGCGAAACACGCCUUCGUCGUCCCACCUACUCGCCACAUGGCAGAGUUGGAGACCACCGCAGUGGAGAAUCAGAACGAGGUCAGGUUGUCGAUGGAUCCCAUGCUUCUUAGUCCAGCUGGAUUAAGUGACGGCAAUAACAUCUUACAUGAAUGGAGUUCUUGCGAUGGAGAUGCGUUUCAGAAACAUAUGAAUUUUGACAAGGUGGCGUGUGAAGUCCCAACUCUUGGAGCGAUGAAGUUCGAAUCCGAAUCUGUUGUUACGGUGCCGCAUUUGGCGGUUACAUCCACUAGUGAAUCGUGUGAUCAGGGUGUCAUCAAGGGGCAUAUUCGAGUGAAGGAGGAAGCAGAGGAGAUUGUAAAUGCUUGUGAGUCGCAGAACUCGUUUGAAGGAGAUAAUUCGUCGGAUAUAACGUUGGAUCUGCUGCUCGAUUUUCCUAGCGAUGGCGAGUAUUUGCAGUACGAAUAAGGUGAGUCGCGUAAUAACAUAACUCUUGCCAUGACAAGUAUUAAUGGUGUUUAAAUUAGAACAGAUAUUUAAAACAUUAUGGAAUAAAGUUGUAACUUGCAAACUUGUUUUUUUU